AUGAUGGCGUCAGAACUCUGGGUCAAGCUUGGAAGCUAUAACGCAGUUGAAGUCUCUACUGAAGGAUGUCGAAAUGUCGACAAAUUUCUCAAGGCUUGCAAGAGGGAGCUCCCCCGCUUGCUUGACGCUUACGACUCUGCUCAACUUUCCCUCUCCACCACUGCCGGUGGUCCUGCUCUUCGACCUGGUCUUCUGCUGUCUGAUAUUCUCUCUCAGCCUGGCUAUGUGGAAAACACUGCCAAGGCUCCUCUCUUCAUCAGUGUUGCGGACAGUUCUGCUCAACGAACUACCGGUGCUGAUAUGAAUAUCGUCACCAAUGCAUUUCCUCCCCUUGGACGGAGGCAACUUUACAGCAGUGCAAAAAGUACAACUCGCCAGCAGUCGAUUUACGGCAUUACAGUUCAAGUGGAGAUUGGAAACUUUGGCAUACUCCAAGAGCUCAAGCUGGAACGCUUGAACAAGACAGGAUCACUUCUCUGGACUGAAGUCGUGCUAUCUGAUCGAAAUACGCUCGAUAAUUGGUCUGGAGAGAUAGACAUUCAAACUUAUGUCAAGAAUGCAUUGAAAGAUUGCUCGAGAGUUUGCCCGUUUCUCAAAUCGUUGGAUGUUUACCGAGAACAAACCUUUUCCUUUGCUCAGAUAAUGGAUAAAAAGCAAGGCAACAGAGCAGAUGCAAUUGUAUUCGUUAAAGACACAGCAUUUAUUACUGGUGUUGCCGAAGUCAAGGUCCCCGGCUCGAAUUUGGACGAUAUUUAUCAGAUUGUGGAUUAUAUGGUUGACCUACGGAAUUCAUUCAAUGUCCGCUAUGUCUUUGGCGUGUAUACAACGUAUGAAGAGUGGAAAAUCCUGUGGUUUGAAGACUCGCAGGAGGCAGCUGAAAGUGACUCAAAGGAACGGUAUGACGAACUGUGUCUUGCAGGCAGUGCCAAUGAAUACGCGAUCACAGAAGGAGCAGUGAAGAUAUUCCAGUCAAAGACCUAUCGAUUUUGUGAUCCUGAAUUGAUUGAAUGCCUGGCGACUCUGUUGUACAAAGUGUCAAUGACUCCAGUUUACAAUCCUACCAAGUUCAUCGAUGACCGUUCAAGAUAUGUGUACGCCACUGCCACAUCAAUCCAGUACAAGUCACUUCCCAAGCGCUUGGAAUAUUUCAAGUAUGCAAUGCCACCCAAGCAGACUCGCAAUUUCUACAUCUUGUCAUAUUUUCAUCGCGGAGGAGAUGGUCGUGUGGUGUUGGUUACUUCAGAAAGUGGCAAUUUGGCAGUGAUCAAAUGCAAGUUUUCGUCGCUUCAAACCUGGAACAAGAUAAGCUCAAAGUUUAACUACGACCUGCUCAGUGAAGAAUUGGAAGAUUGCGUCAAUACCCAGCAGUUGGAUGCCUACCAAGUGUCCCCAUUGUUGGCUGCCAAAGAAGCACUGUCUACCGUUGCUGACAAACUAUCGUCACAUAUGGAUUUAUGUUUUCGCCACGUUGCUCUCCUACCAAAGCGGAAUAGCCAAACGGAUUUCUAUGAUUUUCAAGCCAUUCUGAUUGAUCUGACAAGAGUUGAAUCAGAACUAGAUCCCCAAGUCGCCCAUUCGCGCGCAGCUGAAGGUUAUGCAAAAUUGGAGUUGGAACUUGACCAAAUUAAGAAGGCAUUCCCCAACUAA